AUGGGGCCUCUUUCAACCCCGGAAUGCUGUGGGGCAGUAGUGACAGCAGGGCUUUCACCUAUUCCAUUGAACUCCCUCCAGAGGGAGGCAGGAGGAGAGGUGGUGGGGCCCGGGAACAGCGCCAACGCCUCGGGCUUCUCUGGAAAGCUCGAGGUCCGGAGCUGGGGCGGGGGAGGCGAACAGCUGGGUGUUGCUUUCCCCCCUCUUAGCAAUGCGGCAGUGACUGCCCGCUGGCAUAUUAAUAACUAUUUGCUUCUCUACCUCCCGGUGAUCCCCCGGCGGAGCCACCACAUUCCGAAGCAGCUAGAAAGGAAUAAGCCAAACCCACCGACGCUCCUGGACCAAAGUUGCAGUGAACGAGCACGUCGGGUAUCUAGGGAGGAAGAGGGGAAGCCCGAGAAACCGCGACAGCGGCGGCUGGGCUGUGGCGUAGGCUGGAGCGGCAGCUCUGCGGAGAGAGGAGGAGAGGGAGGAGAGCAGCGAUUCUGCGGAGGAGUUGGGGAUGCACCCUGCUCCUCAUCCCCUACCCCGGCAACCUCGGGGGAUGUGGGGUGGGAGGAGGCGCCAAUCCACCCACGGGCGUCUCUGCGCCCAGCCGGCCGCGGGACAACGGCAUCUACGGCCGCCCCCGCCGCGCAUACACUGGUCCCCAACCUGCAGCCCUCCAGGGACGACUGGGAAAAGGAAAGGAUAACUGUCAACCCCUACCAGCCUCCUCGUUCCCUAUUCCCUCCGCUAUAAUCUGUCCCCGAGGCUGGGAGCCUGAGGCAGCAUCGGCUGCAGCUGUUUUUGCAGCUGGCCGCAAGCACGAGCUGGAGCAGGAACCACCCCCCCCCCCUUCCCUACCCCCUAGAGAAGGCUGCACACUGGAGGACUGAAAGGUGAAGGGCUGGGUUUCUCCCCGGGGAAGUGGGACUAUCCCGUUGGAUGCAGUUCUCGGGCACCAUUGCUGCCGGCAGGGUGGCCGAAAAGACUUGCCUUUUCCUUCCAACCUCCCAUCCCCCUCGCUUUUUUUUUUUUAUUUGCUCUUUGAAGGAAGGCUGGUCAUGUGGGACCUGAGUUCUGUGUUUAUUUUUGUUAAGAAAUACCUAUUGAUACUGGUUUGGUUUUUAAGUUUUGCAAUCAAAAGCCACUGCAAAAUUACAGGUAAAUUCCCCAACGCUCUCACCCAGCAUGAGAAUUUCAGAUACAACUCCUCUUGGUAUUCUAAUGAAAAUCAGAACAUGAAGCUGAAUGGCUCUAUGAUAGCUGUCUACACUAUUCUCCAGUCUGAGAACAUGAAAACUGAAUGGAGCAGGAUUUUUAAACAGCUUUAAUAAUUGAAUAUGCUGGCUAUUACAGGGAAGCCAACAAAACUAACACAUCUUUAAGGCUUGGUAAAUGCUAAAUAAUAUUUGUGAUUUUUAAAAAAAAAAUUAUGUGGCCGUAUAAUAGAGAGAUAGACAUAUAGACCUUAGCUUCAACCUCUCAGGUAGAAGCAGUAUCAGAAGAAAAUUAUUGACUUCUUUCUCUAUUAGGUAGGAGGCACUAUUGAGUGUUUCUUACAUAACAAUGCCCUAUUGUAUAACUCUUCAGGAAAGGUAACUACUUAGGAAGCGUCAGUGAAACUUGGAAGCCUUUGAAGCAGUUUAUUAUAGAGCUCACAAUCACAUCUGAAAAGCAAGCGAAACAACAAAUCCACUGUCCAUUGUCAUUUGAAAGUACUUGAGCUCUAAAAAAAAAUUUCUACAUUCACAAGACAUAAAUUGGUUUUCAGUAUGUUUUGUCUCCCCUUAAAAGCAAUGUUAUUGUAAAUAUUAAUUUCAUCAUCUAAAAAUUUUAAUUUAGCAGAGAAAUGAAGGGGGGGGUUGUUAAUGGAGGUCUAUAAUUUUGGACCUGACAGAUAUUUUAACUGUGCAUUGAGUUAAUUAGCAAAGUGAAACUGAGCUAUUUUCUUCUUUCCAUGGCUAAGAAUCAAGUACUCAGUAAUAUAUUUUACCUCUAUUCCAUCUGCUUUCUCUUGAAAUUUAUUCUCACCAAAUUCAUUUUUGGCUUAAGGACAUCUCUUACAAGAUUUUAAAGCCUCCUUUACUAAUGCAAAAGGAUUCUGAGAUAGGGUUUGUAAGCUGGACCUAAGCUUUCUAAAUUCAAAAUCACUGAGUCAGUUGGGACCUAGAGACAAAGUGGUACAGCUCUCUGCCUUUAAACUGUCCAAGGUAGUUCUGUCCGUUCCAGUGUUCUCCACACCGACAGUUCAAUCCUUUUUGUGAAUCAAACAAAACUUCCCCAUGCUAUAAUUUAAGUUCAUUUCUUCUUAUUUGGAGCUCCACUGUCACGAAGGACAAUUAACCAGUAACCCCCUCAUAAAAGCUUUCAUGUACGUGAA